GGUCCUUCGAGGGGGUGACUUUCAGCCGGCCUAGCUAGCGGGACGACGGAGUCUCCACUGUCGGAGCCAUGGCCCAGAUGGUGCGGAAUCUCGCCGAGAAGGCCCCAGCGCUCAUCAGCGCUGCUGUGACUUACUCGAAGCCUCGAUUGGCCACAUUUUUACAAUAUGCCAAGGUUGAGCUGGUGCCUCCAACCCCCGCUGAGAUCCCAACAGCUAUUCAGGGCUUGAAGAAAAUAGUCAAUAGUGCUAAAACCGGGAGCUUCAAACAUCUGACGGUUAAGGAAGCUCUGCUGAAUGGUUUGGUGGCCACAGAGGUGUGGAUGUGGUUUUACGUUGGCGAGAUCAUUGGGAAGCGGAGCCUUGUUGGCUACAACGUUUGAGGACCGAAAUAACAACUGGCUUGCUGGUGUGUUCCUGUCAUGUGUAUCAGACUGCUAUUUGAAUAAAAUAAAAUAAAAUUAUGGUGUCUCAAA